AUGGGAGGAGGCGAUAGCUUGCCUGUGGAUUCUGCCCCUAGGGGCCUGAAAGAACCUUUACGGGCAGCUCAAAAUGGGAAUUUCCAUGCUGUGGUUGAUCUGGGCAGCAAUGGCAUCCGGUGCUCGAUCUCAGACCUCUCUCUUCCCACUACGCGCGUGAUCCCAACGGUUCAUUUUCACCGGGUCAAUAUUUCCCUCUACGAGGCACAAAUCGAUCCUGAUUCAGGAUGUCGUAUUCCAAUCCCGCGGGCCGUGAUUGAGCGGGUCGUUAGCGCCAUUGUUCGAUUUCAAGUCAUUUGUGUCGAACUUGGAGUUCCCUCGGAGAAUAUCCGGAUUAUUGCGACAGAGGCCACGCGAACCGCCCUCAACGCCGAGGCUUUUAUUGAUGCAAUUCACGCCACAACGGGCAUCGCUGUGGAAGCACUACGGAAGGAGGAGGAAGGGGUUGUCGGUGCGUGGGGCAUCGCGAGCAGCUUUUCAGACGUGGAGGGAUUGGCCCUGGACCUAGGUGGUGGGAGUAUGCAGAUGACUUGGAUUACCUCCCACGCGGGCAAUGUGCACAUCAGCCCUCAGGGAUCCGUCAGCUUUCCUUAUGGAGCCGCGGCUUUGACACAAAAACUCGCCGAUUUGAAACGCGGAAAAAGCAAAGGGGAGGCACGCAAAGCCAAAGAGGAAUUCCGCCUGGAGAUGGCGGAGAAAUUCCAGACUGCCUUUGACGAACUUGAUAUCCCCGAACACCUCGUGAAGAAGGCUCGAGAGAAAGGGGGGUUUCCCUUAUAUCUGUCCGGUGGGGGCUUCCGGGGCUGGGGAUAUCUAUUGCUCUAUCUGCACCAGACGCAGGGCCGUAAUUAUCCCAUCUCUAUCAUCAACGGAUACUCUGCCCCAAAGGAAGACUUUGAAAACACAGAGGCUCUCAAGGAGGUGGCCCGCACGGCGCACCAAAUCUUCCGGGUAUCCGAUAGGCGGCGCAAGCAAGUGCCUUCUGUCGCAUUCCUCGUUAACGUGCUCGCCGAGUCGUUGCCACACGGCAUCAAGGAAGCCCACUUUUGCCAAGGAGGUGUUCGGGAAGGCGUGCUGUUUCGCGAGAUGCUACCUGUGGUUCGCCAGCAAGAUCCUUUGGAGGUGGCCACAGCCCGAUAUGCACCUUCUUCGACGCAAACGCUCGCCUCUUUGAUCCUGGCUGCGCUUCCUCGACCAUCCGCUUUGCGAUCUAUUCCCGCUUCCAUCAACCUGCACCUCGUCCAGGCGUUUGCCAAUGCCCUCUACGUGCAUGCGACCAUGUCCAAGGAGUUGUCCUCAAGUGCCGCUCUUUACAGUACAAGCACUGGAAUCUUGGCCUCCACCCACGGAAUCCCCCAUGCUCAUCGUGCACUCCUCGCCUUAAUGCUCCAGGAGCGAUAUGGUGGAGAGCUCCCACCACGAGACGUGGACUUGAAGCAACAUCUACAGGGGAUCCUCGAUCCAGAGGAGGUCUGGUGGACCCGUUAUCUCGGCAAACUGGGUCUCGUCCUGAGUCAGCUCUAUCCGACCGGGUCUAUUGACACGUCCAAGCCCCGUAUUGUUCCGUCAGCCCAGUGGGUGAAGAGGCUCGGCAAAAAAGGGAAAAAGGAAGGCCUCGAGCUGACGAUUUCCCUUCAAAAAGUUGUCUAUGACCCGACGCAUCUCAAGGAAGAGUUGGAACGAGACGUGCAAAAGAUCGAGAAAGUGGGGAAGCGAAAGAAUUGGAUUGGUGGGCGCGAUGGUUGGGGCCUUAAGGUCCGAGUCGUCGUGGAGGAAGAGGAUUUGCUGCCAGCACCAGAUGCCCCGUCUAAUGCGUAA